AUGCGGAUGACGAAGAUUACUUGGAGGUUGAAUGAAAGCGAGUUAAAGAAGCUACUCUCAGUUUUCAGAACUGUUCGUUCAAGCCAUCCGACUCGACUGAAUGCACACUAUAUAUCGUCGAGAUCAGCAGAUCUUAUUGCUGCCAGAAAGGCCUUAUCAGGCCAUACCGACAGCGAUGGUGUACCCAAGCACCUCAAACACCGAAUAACCAGGAGCUCGAAGAAUGGUAGAGAUCGCUGGUCGAUUACGAACGACCGGAUGGUCUACAUCCCGCACUCUUCAGAGUGGUUAGAGCACGAAUUUACUGACCGAAGGGUUGUGGUUCGAACCCAGACCUCUGCCUGUCGACUUCCUCUGUCUAGACUUGGGCAACCUGGCAAUGUCCCAGCCCUCGUGCUUCCUUCGGGUGGCAUUGCAGCUAGGCACAGAAAAGGUGUUACAGCUGUACCGUUUUUUGGUGACUCGGCUACUGGUUGUGGUUCGUGGUUUUCGCUGAAAAUCAGUGAACUUCAGGUGAACAGUCCUAUUCUCGGUGAAUUCGCGUUGAGUUUUUCGGCUCGUAGUUUGGUCAGACCAAUGAUGGUACACAACCAUACAACCUCUAGUAGUUUGACCAACUCGACGAUGGAGCGCGUAGGUGACGGCUUCUUGUCCGUUUCUCGUGUGUUGGAUGAAUUAAUUAAAUACCGAUGGAAGGAUGCCAGACGUCCAAGGGCAGAGCUUGAUGAAAUCAGACGGUCUCUCCGAGCGAAAGCCCUUGAAUCGUUCUUCUUGUUUCAAAAAGGACCCCACAACUCAUCUUGUACAGAAGGGAAUCCUUUCAUGAGCGUACAGAUGAAUGACGACCAAUACACUCAUUUGCAAACCAAUUUGGUUUUCACGGGAGAUUCAACUGAAUCUCUUGUCUAUGAUAUUCUUCGACUACACAAAGGCUGCCUCAUGUUUCAGUUGGUACGAUCUUCGAGAUAUCGCAGUAUAAUUCCACAGAGGCAACUACUCACAAGGUUUUUGAAAACUCUUCCACAGCCCAUGACCGGUUUUGCUCUUCUUGGGGCUUUUCAGAACAAAUCAGGUGAUGAAGAUGAGGGAUUCUCGGACGCAUGCGAUCGACACCUGUGCCCCUCCCCACUCACUGAUGAAUCUGCUCGGUGCUUGGUUUCCAACCUUUUGGCCAAUACCGUGCCCGGUGUACGAGACACUCUGCUCGACCAUUUUUACCCUUUCACAAGGACAUCCUCGGACUCCGAGCACACUCUUCGGGACCGUGAUCGGGGGGAACCACAGGGGGUGAAACGCUACUGCUGGGUUUCUCGAGGCAUUGAUCAAGAUCCGCGUGAGCUUCCCUUUUUAACCGAGUCUGGCCCGUGGGGCUCGGCAGUUUUAAAUGAUGUCUACCAAGAACGCUACAAUUUCGAUUCAUCCUGUCGGACAGCGGAAAACGAGUCCAACGUAUGUUCGGACAUGUUGACCCCAGAGCUUUUGACGAACUCUAGGACUAGGGAUAGUCGUCGCCGCUUCUUCCACGAUCUUCUCCUUCUCCGUAUUGGGCUCCAAUCAACACGGUUUCUUUGGGACGUACCAACGAAGAUGGGGCAAGUGGGUGGUGGAGAUCAACCACUGGCGGGUCACUUCACUCACUGCCCAAAUAGGACGGAUGCCGUAAGUUUGGGCAUUUCCGAAGCUGCGUUAGCCAAUACCGUCAAAGAACACCUUCGAGCCGGUACUGCUUAUCGCCGAUUGAAUUGGUUCGCUCACAAAGUCGUGCCUCUCGCCCCCAUUCCGGGUAGAGCCUGGCAAGGUCCGACGUGGGCUUGUUUCAUCCACGCAAUAUCGCAAUGGCUGAUGGCAUAUGAGGAAGCUGUCCAACUAGUUUUAAAAGAGGAACUGGAUGUUUUUCGCCGACCAAUCAGUUCCUCCUCUUCCGGUGCGUUGGAACUAAGUCAUCGAUUGAAAACCCUCACAGACCGGAUCAGUUUUGUCGCCGAUCUUUGCAUGCUCAAAGGAGCUUCGUGUCCUCUGCUAAACUCCCGAGGCAUCGAACUGCUUGUCUACCUGGCCACACGAGCGGAUCACUUUGCAUGCACUCCUGCAGAACCGAUUGCUCGGUUUUUAUUCAACCGUGCUUGUGGACCAUUUCUUGGGUUUUUGGAGCAGUUACUACUAGACGGAACAUGGGAUGGUUCAGGAAGUGAAUUCAAUCUGUUGGCUUCAAACAGCCAUCUGCUUCGUCGUGAUGCGGCCUUCUGGUCUGGCGCUUUCAAAUUUACCGCGGUGAAACCGGAAGACAAAAGGACUUAUGGUUUCAUGAACCUGCUCCCGGCGGAAUUCGAACAGGAUGUCCUGCGAGGUGCUAAAUCUAUUCAUCUGCUCAAGCUGAUUGCUCCCAAGCAUUUUCUAUUUACGAACCGGGUACACUUUCCACGACUGCGUUUCCCGCUGAAUUCUGCCGAAGUAAAGGAACAACAACAUGCAUUAAGAAACUAUCUGGAAAAACUUCGUCAAGCUGCUGUCCAAUCACAAGCCACAAGAUACCAACUGUGGCAAAAAGUGGAACAAGCGAAACAGGAUGCACUGAAACGUGCCAUGGAAACACGCACUCACAACAUUUCCGAAGAUGAGCGAAGAGGCGUUCAAGCUGCACUUCGAAGAAAACAGGAGGAGGAGUACGUGGCACACAAACAAGCUGCUGAGCAAUCUGCUUUACGUAAGGUCGCUACUGCUACCGCUGAACGGGACACGGACAAAGUUACUAUGCAAAGUUACUCGCAAACAGGUGUCAAGCCAUUCACUGGAGGAUCAAAAAUUGACCAUGUAUCACCUGUGGCGGGCGCUCAGGAUCCCGAUAAACUUGGUGGUGUGGCUACUGUCGACUUGAAAGCCUCCCAGAACGAGCCCCAUGAACCUGACGCGGCAGGAGACACUAACCAAGCGACAGGGCACAACAUGCCUCUGGGAUCCGCUGAGCCCGCGGGUAUUACUCCAUGCAUAAGUGAAGUCGCCAACGAUGUCCAACCUGUCACCGACUCUGUCCAAUCCCGCCAAGUUUCUCAGAACACGGCGCCAAGUGCGGCUGAUCCGUUAGAACGUUUUCGCGCCAAAUAUAAGCAUCGGAACGCGGGCAUCUGUGAGCCUAAGGAUACACUACACACCGUAUUGUACCCCAAUCACAAGGACCCAACUGUGAAGACGUCUGCCGAGACGACCGACGUAAUUGGUUCGGGUCCUGUCACGAGCGCUCCCGUUCGGCUCGGUCACCCUUCUGAUUCUACAAUACAGAGGGUGCUAUAUGGAGAGGGGUCUGGUCCGGCAUGUCGACCCUCAACGCAGCUGAUUUUACUGGUAAUGAUUGCCAAGUCAUUGUUUGACCGCCUCUGGCUCUCUUCCACCCUUCACAUGGUUGGGCGAAAAGAGCCCUUCGAGGAAGUCGGUCGACUGGCAUACGCAGCACGUGGCCAAGCCAACGCAACCUGUGCAAGAGUGCUGUUUUCCACGCUCAGUUCAGAGUGGCGUAAACAGAGGGGUGGCCAACCCUUGACUUGGCUCAAUUGGUUAGAGCGCGAACUUACUGACCGGAAGUUCCGUGGUUCGAACCCGACAUCUACCUUUCGACUUCCUCUGUCUAGGCUUGGGCAACCUGGCAGUAUCCCAGCCCUCGUGCUUCUUUCUGGGCGUACCAACAGCUUUAGAACUGCUACCUUGUAUUCAUCCUUUGUUAUCAUUACCGUGUUAUCAUUCGGUAUCAUUACCAUAGAGGCGAGAUGGCUCAAUUGGUUAGAGCGCGAACUUACUGACCGAAAGUUCCGUGGUUCGAACCCGACAUCUACCUUUCGACUUCCUCUGUCUAGGCUUGGGCAACCUGGCAGUAUCCCAGCCCUCGUGCUUCUUUCUGGUAGCAUGGCCGUUGGCGCCGGCUACGGGACGUUUCUGCUGGCUGCACAGGUGACGCAUCACGAACUGUAUUUGACAUUACAUAGUUUGCUCUGGAUCCAUUGGAGUGUUUUGGCAGAAUGGGAAGAAGAACGUCGCGCGAAAGAUGCUGAUCGGGCACUAGUGGAAUCCGCUCAACCCGAUGCUAUCAAAUUCUUUGAAGAGGCUCUGGAGCUUGAAGAGUCACAUUCCACUGGAUCGAGAGUGCAGGGUUUUACCACGGAGUUUCCACGGCUUGAUCAACUGACGCUGGUCGAUCCCUUCGAGUCACUUCGGUGUCCCACCACUGUUCACCAUCCAACGGAUUCGGUGACGGAAUCGAAUACUUUACAGAGUGAUCUUGAUGUGAUACCUUUGCAUGUAUUGCUCUACAAGGUGGUCCUUGCCCCAAUCACAUCUUAUAUUUACCAACUGGAUUUGGCUCUUUGCAACCACCUUUUGUACAGUUUGAACUUGGCCGGACAGUUUCAUCGUUUGAGACAGAUUUACUUCCUACAAGAUGGUGAAUUCGCCCAAGUGUUGCUCACAGGGCUUUUUGAAAAAGUCUACGAUCUUUCCCCUGAACACUGCGAUGCCCGCACUGUUCAAUUUCUUCACGACUUGAUGCAAUCAACUGUUCGGAAGUUUUGUCCAUCAGUCCGCUCACUGGAUGCCGAAGAAAUUACCGCCCCAUUUGGAAUCGAUGAACAUGCUCCACUGAUCAUUGAUGUUCCAAUGGAUCUGGUUUUGGAAGAACAACCAACUGUGACGACCUAUCGUUCCACACCUUUGGAUGUACCGAGUCACUCGGUGUUCGACCGUCUGUUUAUUGUCUACCAGCCUCCAUGGCCUCUGAACAUUAUCCUCCAUGACAAGGUCAUAUCCAGCUACAAUUUGGUCUUCCGUCAGCUUGUUCGGGUCAAAUAUGCAGCUUGGACACUCCAAUCCAUCUACCACGAACUUCGACGUACCAAUACCGAGGGUCUGUUAGAUGCGAGCGCCGAGUUUACUAAUGUGUAUCUGUGGCUGUUCGAAAUGCAGCAGGUUGUUUGUGGCCUCGAAUCCUAUCUGAGCAACCAGGCAGUGAAGACCAGUUGGACUCAGUUUGCCACAACUCUGUUGGGUGAUGAAACAGACGAUGUGGUUAGGCGGCGUUCCGUUCAUCGACGGCCCGAGAAUUUGGAUCAGCUUGCCAGUGCACAUCAUUCCUAUCUUCAGGAGGUGCUGCGUUGCUGUCUCGCUGAUCCAGCUGACCAGGAACUUCAACAGGUACUUCAUGGCUUGUUGUGCUGCGUCCAUUGGUUCCACAAGGUCCUUUCUUCGGGCCAAUGGAUUCAGCGUUCAAAGGCGACUCAAGCACAUAUUGAUCACACCGGUUGGCAACAGUUAUGUGCAGCGCAUCAGAGUUUCAGACAACAUGCGCGGUUUCUUCGGCGCCGGGCUGGGUCACUGGUCUCCGUGGCUCGUUUCACUUCCAUCCGGUCGAUCCUGCGCCAGCUCAUAUUGGCUCUGGGUACGAAUGACUUUUAUGCGAACUCGGCAGCUCUAACCUCAGAUUUUCCCCGUCCCAUCACUUGAUCUACCCUGGUUUUUGUAUUACUGACCUAUUCUUUCGCUAAGCUAACUUUCACAUUCCGAACUUGUCUUUAAUACAUUUUUGUUACCAGUUUUAUUUUGGGAAUGUUUU